UGGAGCCGGAGCGAGGGGGGAGAAGCGGCCAAGCCGGGGCUCGGGGGCCCACUCUGCUGCGGCACGCUCGGUGGCGGUCUGUGUGUCUGUGUGUGAGUGAUUGUGUGUGAGGGGAGCCAGUCUCUCACUCCCCGUCUCUCUCUCUCUCUCUCUCUCCCCGCUGGAGCAGCCGCACCACCUGAAUAAAAUGGCGGACGACCCGACCGCAGCCGACAGGAACGUGGAGAUCUGGAAGAUCAAGAAACUCAUCAAAAGCCUGGAGGCCGCCAGAGGGAAUGGCACUAGUAUGAUUUCACUCAUCAUUCCUCCCAAAGACCAGAUCUCACGAGUAGCAAAAAUGUUGGCGGAUGAAUUUGGCACUGCCUCAAACAUCAAAUCACGAGUGAAUCGUCUAUCUGUGCUAGGGGCCAUUACGUCUGUGCAGCAGCGUCUUAAACUAUACAACAAAGUACCGCCGAAUGGUUUGGUUGUCUACUGUGGAACAAUUGUAACAGAAGAAGGCAAAGAAAAGAAAGUUAACAUUGAUUUUGAGCCCUUCAAACCAAUUAAUACAUCCUUAUAUCUUUGUGACAAUAAAUUUCAUACAGAGGCUCUUACUGCGCUUCUAUCGGAUGACAGCAAAUUUGGGUUCAUCGUAAUUGAUGGUACUGGAGCUUUGUUCGGUACUCUACAGGGAAACACACGGGAAGUACUACACAAAUUCACAGUGGAUCUACCAAAGAAGCACGGCAGAGGAGGGCAGUCUGCCCUGCGUUUUGCUCGCCUACGAAUGGAAAAGAGGCAUAACUAUGUACGGAAAGUAGCAGAGACAGCUGUACAGCUCUUCAUCAGUAGUGACAAGGUGAACGUGGCAGGUCUUAUCCUGGCUGGAUCAGCUGAUUUCAAAACUGAGCUCAGUCAGUCCGACAUGUUUGACCCGCGAUUGCAGAGCAAAGUACUAAAACUGGUGGACAUCUCCUAUGGAGGUGAGAAUGGUUUUAAUCAAGCAAUUGAGCUGUCAGCUGAAGUCUUAUCCAGUGUGAAGUUCAUCCAGGAGAAGAAACUAAUAGGGCGAUACUUUGAUGAAAUUAGCCAAGAUACAGGGAAGUACUGCUUUGGAGUAGAUGACACACUUAAAGCAUUGGAGAUGGGUGCAGUUGAGAUCCUGAUAGUUUAUGAAAAUCUGGAUAUUAUGCGAUACGUACUACGCUGUCAUGGCACAGAAGAAGAGAAAAUCUUGUAUCUGACACCUGAACAAGAGAAGGAUAAAUCCCAUUUCACGGACAAAGAGACUGGACAGGAACAUGAGCUGAUAGAAAGCAUGCCCCUCCUGGAAUGGUUUGCCAACAACUACAAAAAAUUUGGAGCUACACUGGAGAUUGUUACAGACAAAUCGCAGGAAGGAUCCCAGUUUGUGAAAGGCUUUGGUGGGAUUGGUGGUAUUCUACGAUACCGUGUGGACUUUCAAGGAAUGGAGUACCAAGGAGAUGAGGACGACUUUUAUGACCUGGAUGACUACUAGGUAGUCUGGAAUUGGUCUGGUUACAGGUGCCUAACCCUCCAACAUCCAACCCAAGAAGUGAAGAUCCACAACAGAAUAAUCAAUCCCUGCCUUAGAACAGACAUUAUCACAACUUGUGAUAUCUAAAUACAUUGGAGAUGGUGAAUUUAAAAACAAAUAACACACAUAGAUUUGUCAAAGUGUCAAUACAGCAGCAACACCAAACUACUGUUCCUAAUGCCAGUUUGGACUAAUCUUUUGAGAGACGUUUUUUUUUAAUUUUUACUUCAAUGGGAUUUUUGUUGCUGUUGUAUUUUAUGAAAUUGAAACAUUUUUUACCUCCAAAUGUAGAGGCAAAUAAUAAAAAUGGAAUGCUAUUGAAUUUCAUUUCUGCAGGCUGACUGGAUAUAAGCUCUGUUUGCCCCCUUGGAAAGAGUUUCCACAUCAAAGCAGUUAGAUGUCUUGACCAACUGUAGUGAAUGACCCCGUUUACAUGGACACCACUAAACAUGGUUGUACCUAGGGGAGAUUGAAGAAUAUGCCUAUUGUUAUUUAAACAAUUAAUGUUAAUCUCCAAAUUAAAGUAGUGGGGGUAAAUUUUCAGGUUUGCAUUUUUUGGACUUCUGAGUUGCAGAGGGAGCAGAGUUGCAAAGAAUCCUACAUGCCUUUUAUUAAGAAUUAAUAUAUAUUGGGGAUGCUUGAGCAGACUUGUCGGUUUGCUGGGUAUCGCCAGAUAUGCCCUAGUGAUAAUUAAUGUCAUAAAUAUUCAAUCCUUGAGCGGGUUUUGUUCCUGCACUGGUCUUGAAAGUUGGAGACUUUCCCCAUUUUCUUGUAAGGCCAGCCUUUUGGUUGCUUGUGAGUGAGAAACCACCAAGCUUUAACUUUAGUUUUGAUCUGGGUGAAGGUGUAUUGGGUUAAUAGGAUCUGCUCCAUAUUGGGGUUUAUUGUUGGUACAGCAUGGACUUGAACUGGGUGCACCCUUGCAAUCAUGCUGCAAAACACAGUCUUUGUCAUGCCAUCUUCAGACUGUGUCGGAAAAUUGAUAUGUCUGAGUUUCUUUGAAACAAUCCUAAAUUUUAGUGAAGUCAGCCAUCCACCAACUCAUGAAACUCUGGUAUCGCACAUCUGUUGGGGUUUGGGCAUUUGUUGAGCAUGGACGAAGGCUCGCAUCUUAAACCUCUGGUGUGGUGAUUCAGCCUAUUAGUUUGAAUAGCGUAAAGAGGAUUAGCAAGAAAAUUGCUUCUUUCUCUCUCUCGAGUUACGAGGUUAUCAGGAAUCUGGUUUCUUACAAUCUAUUAACAAAUAAAAAAUAGAACAUUAAAACUGUACAGAAUGAGGUCAUAUUAGUACAAAGUGGCUUUGAGCAUUGGUGUCGGGCUGGAGCUUAAUAAUCUUGGAUAUGAUUGAGAAAUCAUUGGGGAACAAAUGUCAAGAGCCUUGUUAAAUAGCUAAUUCACUGAAAUCAAAAUGGUCGGGGUCUAGCAAAUUCCAUGUCGUGCCUGAAGCAAUCACGUUAAUAAACUAGUCAUUAGGAUUAUUAAUUGGAUUGCAUCACAUUUCAAACAUUUAAGUGCUCAAAAGUGGAAUGAGUUCAUGUAAAGUAGUGGUGUGACAAGUUACUGUACAUUUUGGAUCACAAGCAGCAUCUUAUUUAGUGACUGCUUGUAGCGGACACUAUGUUGGAAUCAAUCUAUCCCAGUUCUUCUAACCAGUGAAGACCAAAAGGAAAGCAAUGAUUUUUGUUUUGUUUAAUCAACAUGCUUGUGAUUAUGUUGAAAUGUGAUAUUUAUGAAAUAAUGCGGGAAGAUGGGUCAGAUUAUACAGAUUGCAACAACACAGAUUACCUUAUUCAAGCUCCUUAUUCGAUUUGAAUGUGUAUAGUACAGUUCACAGGCCACUAUUAUCAGACUUUGAUGUGACACACAUCUAAUGCAUAGCACCAUUGCCAUUAAUUAGCAAGACCUUCCUAUUCCAUAUGAGCAAUGACCUGUACUACUUUGUAGUGCUGGUAACGUGCACAGAUCCCAAAAUCUUUCUAAGUAGAUGCAUAUUUAAUUUAACACAGUUAUACACAGAGUUGUGAAUUUAAAACUAGCAUACCAAUGCUCUUCUGUUCACUGUUAAGAUUAGAAUAUAUUUUCAAAAACCCUCCAAAUACUGAAAUCUAUUUGCAACGUGUUUCUCUUGUCAAAAUAUCCAAAAAUGUUUUUUGUUUCAAAGCGGUCAGAUUUCUUGUGCCGACUAUAUAAAGUAGAAUUAAGAUGUUCCGAAUAUUGUAUGGUAUUCAUGACAUGAUUGCAAUUGUUUUUUUUUUUCAUUUUGGCCUCUGAGAUUUUCAGUGCUCAAGGAUAUGUGUAGAACUCACGUUGAGUUCGUGCACAUUUGCAGUGUUCUACUUGUCCUCUCCAGUCCUUGUCCAAGAGGGAGAGUUGUGGUGGACCAUGCUUUCAGCACUGGGUUGUGUGAACUGUGUAAAUGGGGCCAUUUUGAUACAUAAAACGAGGAUAUAUAUAUAAAAAAUAUAUAUUACUUUUUCGAAUAUCCCACUGCUUGGUAUAAGAAGUAUGCAUUGGAAAGUAUGCAGCUCUUUUUGUAGUUUUAAUGUUUACUAUUUAAGUUUGGAGAUGAUGCCAAAAUGUGUUUAUUUUGUAUUCCUUUGACCAAUGUAUUCUCCAGCAAUGGAAGUGAUCUUUGAAUUCACAGAAAGGGGUAGAUUUCAGCUUUUAUGCACCACAGCCUCUGCAGAAAGAUCCCAAGCAGCAACUUGGUGUUGUGAUGUACAGAAAUGGAGAAGAGUAUUAAAACCAUAUUUAAGAAUA